CCACGCGUCCAUACUCUCCAUCCACGCGUCCAUACUCUCCAUCCACGCAUCCAUGCUCUCCAUCCAUGCGUCCAUACUGUCGACCCAUGCAUCCAUACUACCCAUCCACGUGUCCAUAUUGUCGAUCCACGCAUCCAUAUUAUUGAUUUACGUGUCCAUACUAUCGAUUUACAUGUCCAUACUAUUUAACCACAUGCCCAUACUAUCUAUCCACAAGCCCAUACUAUACAGUAUAUCCACAUGCCCAUACUAUCUAUCCACGUGCCCAUACUAUCUAUCCACGUGCCCAUACUAUCUAUCCACGUGCCCAUACUAUCUAUCCACGUGCCAAUACUAUCUAUCCACAUGCCCAUACUAUCUAUCCACGUGCCCAUACUAUCUAACCAUGUGUCCAUACUAUUUAACCACAUGCCCAUACUAUCUAUCCAUGAGCCCAUACUAUACAGUAUAUCCACAUGCCCAUACUAUCUAUCCAUGUGUCCAUACCAUCGAUCCACGUGUCCAUACUAUCCAUCCACGCAUCCAUACUAUUGAUUUACGCGUCCAUACUAUCUAUCCACAAGCCCAUACUAUCUAUCCAUGUGCCCAUACUAUUGAUUUACGAGUCCAUACUAUCGAUUCACGCGCCCAUACUAUCUAUCCAUGCACCCAUACUAUCUAUCCACACGCCCAUACUAUCUAUCCACGUGCGCAUACUAUCUAUCCACGUGCCCAUACUAUCUUUCCACGUGCCCAUACUAUCUUUCCACGCGCCCAUACUUUCUAUCCAUGCGCCCAUACUAUCUAUCCACGAGUCCAUACUCUCCAUCCAUGCAUCCACACUCUCCAUCCACGCGUCCGUACUAUCGAUCCACACGUCCGUACUAUCGAUCCACACGUCCAUACUAUCGAUCCACACGUCCAUACUAUGUAUCCACGUGUUCAUACUAUCGAUCCACGCGUCCAUACUUGUGAUCCACGCAUUUAUACUAUCGAUCCACAUGUCCAUACUAUCGGUCCACGCAUCCAUACUGUCGAAUCACACGUCUAUAUUAUCCAUCCACGCAUCCACAGCCAAGCAGGUUCGGGAUCCACCACAACCCUGCAGACUGACUGAUUAAAGACUUUUUUCUAUUACUAAACCAAGGUAAAAGGUUUUGGCAGUUGCUCCGCGAGGCUCUAUGUUCUGUUACUCACUCAACUCAAUAUUAUGUACUGUUAUGAUUUUUUGUUUUGGUUUGUUUUAAAUUAUUUGUCUCUUCCUGUGAGUGGUGGUGCUCUUUAUCAGGGCUCCUGUGAAAAUUAGAUCUUAUAAUAUUCUAAUUACAACUAUCUCAUAGUUAUCAGAACAGGACUGACCUGGUUAAAUUAAUGUGAAAUAAAUCAAAUAAUAGCAACAACAACAACAA